CAGAUUUGUCUGCGCAGUUGAAGUCGUACCUUCAUCGAAGUCUCAAUCAAUCGUUGUCACUCGCUGCUCAGUUCUCAGUGCUCUCACCUCUUCUCCGUCAAAACAUGGAUUCUCCACCUUCAUGAUCAGCGACAAAGGAUUCACCUUGUCCCUGAUUCCUCUUCUGGGCUCGUCUCAAAACUGGUCGUUUCUUGAGCGGUGACGGGAGGCAGCCGGCGAGGUCAAUUUAGGCUGGUUGAGGGCGAGCUUGCGUAUUUCAAUUCAGGAAACGCGCUCUGAGUUUCCGAUCCGCAGUUAUGGAGGCGUAUAAGGAUUGGGUGCGGAGGAAUAGAGAUUACGUUAACUCGUUGGAGUCUCUCGCCAGUGGACUGACGUGGCUUCUGCCUGAAAGGUUUUCUGAGUCAGAGAUUGGACCAGAAGCAGUUACUGCGGUUUUGGGUAUGAUUACUGCAAUCAAUGAGCACAUAAUUGAUACAACUCCAAGAAGCCAGACACCUGCCGUAGCAAUAGAGCCUCACUCUUUUCCUUAUCCGUUAUGCAUAUCCAUGAUAAAGGAACUGGAGACAUUGGUUGAAGUUGCUGCACAACAAUACUUUGGCGAUGAUAAAAAAUGGAACUUCAUUGCUCUUGCAGAAGCAGCAAAGGUGAUAGUUAGGUUGGCAUCCUUUAGGAACAGUGGAUUUCGGAUGCUUUUACAAGGAGGAGAGACUCCAAAUGUUGAAAAUUCACCAAGUCCAUCAAAGCUUGGGAAUCAUCAUGAGCCUGACCAUUUUCCGAAUAUGAAUGGAAGAACCCAAUGGAAUAUGGAAGGCAAGGCCUUGUCUGCACUGAGCAGAUUCCGAGAAAAUGCCAGGAAGGGUGCUGACCCAGAGUGGUUACACAGGGUUCAGCAUCAACAUCCUGUCGUGGAGCCUCCAGCUGCAGUGGUUCAACGGCCAACACUCUCGAAGAUAUUGAAUGAGAGAGGCGUUUCUGGGUUAUUAUUUGUGCUAGGGGAGGCGCUGUUCAUUACAAGACCCCUUAUCUAUGUAUUAAUAAUCAGGAAAAAUGGAGUUCGUUCAUGGGUUCCUUGGUUUCUUUCUCUAGCUAUUGACUUUGUUGGGGUAGGUUGUCUUACGCCACUGUCAACAUUGCGGUUUGGAGGAAGGGAGGAACAGUGUCAAUUUACUGAUGCUGAAAAGCAUGAGCUUAAGAGAAGAAAACUGUUAUGGGCACUUUACUUGAUGAGAGAUCCCUUCUUUAGCACGUAUACAAGAGGAAAACUGGAAAGCACUGAGAAGAUAAUGGAGCCUGUACCUCUAGUCGGGAUUCUUACAGAAAAACUCGUCGAGCUUCUAUCCGGAGCCCAAACUCGAUACACGUACAUGUCCGGGUCAUGAGACGGAGUUCAAACCGGAAGAAGUCGAAUUUAUCAAAGGGAGAAUUUAUGGGUGAAGUUUCCCCAUCUUGUCUAUCUAUAUAUUGGUCAUGGAUUGUUCUGCAAAGUGCAAUGUCUGGGUGGGUGAACAAGAGCAGAAGUCUGGUGACCAAGCUGAGACGAUGGAUGUUGGCAUGGUGCACACUCGCAACGAAACGGUUUGAGCUGAAGGGUUUGCUUUGCUUUGAAGGUUUGAGAGUGUCAGCUGAGCUAUCUACACCAUUACCAGAGUCCCCUGCCCCAUAAUACAAGUUGAUAUCACUGAUUCAUCAAACACCAAAACUCUGACAGCCUUUAUGCUUGAACAUUAGGCUGCACAACUCGGGGGGAAAAUUAGGGAUGUAAAGGCUAAAAUGAUUUGAUUAGUGUUCGUCAUCAACAAUCACUCAACUUAUCCACAUAAUGCUUUGAUGAGUAUUCGUCAUUUCUCUUUUACCUCUCC